CCCAGGUUCUCCGCCGGACUAAUUUUUCCUUAACCCGUGGGCACCAAAGCGGUCGAACUUCCGGCUCAUUUCCGCGGUUCCUGAACGCGAGGCAAAGAGAAGACAAGGAAGAAGAGUUCUCCCUUUGGUUACCCACCACUGCCCCCAUGGCUUCCAUGCAGAUGGAUCCUGAGUUAGCCAAGCAACUCUUCUUUGAAGGGGCCACUGUGGUCAUUCUGAACAUGCCCAAGGGGACAGAGUUUGGCAUUGACUACAACUCCUGGGAGGUGGGGCCCAAGUUCCGGGGUGUGAAGAUGAUCCCACCAGGCAUCCACUUCCUCCACUACAGCUCUGUGGACAAGGCUAAUCCCAGGGAGGUAGGCCCUCGUAUGGGCUUCUUUCUUAGCCUGAAGCAGCGGGGGCUCACAGUUCUACGCUGGAAUUCAGUCCAAGAAGAGGUAGACUUGUCUCCAGCUCCAGAGGCUGAAGUAGAAGCUAUGAGGGCCAAUCUCCCAGAGCUGGACCAGUUUCUGGGGCCUUACCCAUAUCCCAUGCUCAAGAAAUGGAUCUCACUUACCAACUUCAUCAGCGAGGCCACCAUGGAGAGGCUCCAGCCUGAGAGUCGGCAGAUCUGUGCCUUCUCAGAUGUCCUGCCUGUACUUUCCAUGAAGCACACCAAGGAUAGGAUGGAGCAGAAUCUACCCCUCUGUGGCACUGAAUGCAAAAGCUACCAAGAGGGCUUGGCCCGGCUGCCUGAGAUGAAGCCCAGAGCUGGGACAGAGAUCCGCUUCUCGGAGCUGCCCACUCAGAUGUUCCCAGCAGGUGCUACACCAGCAGAGAUAACUAGGCACAGCAUGGACUUGAGCUAUGCCCUCGAGACGGUGCUCAAAAAGCAGUUCCCCAGCAGCCCCCAGGAUGUACUUGGUGAACUCCAGUUUGCCUUUGUGUGCUUUCUGCUGGGCAAUGUAUACGAGGCAUUUGAGCACUGGAAGCGGCUCCUGAACCUCCUGUGCCGCUCGGAAGCAGCCAUGGUGAAACACCAAACCCUGUACAUCAGCCUCAUCUCCAUCCUGUACCACCAGCUUGGGGAGAUUCCUGCCGACUUCUUUGUGGACAUUGUCUCCCAAGACAACUUCCUUACCAGCACUUUACAGGUUUUCUUUUCUUCUGCCUGCAGUAUUACUGUGGACAGCACCCUGAGGAAGAAAGCUGAAAAGUUCCAAGCCCAUCUGACGAAGAAGUUCCGGUGGGACUUUGCUUCAGAGCCAGAAGACUGUGCCCCAGUGGUGGUGGAGCUCCCAGAGGGCAUUGAGACUGGCUAACUGUGAACCCUUAAGCCAUGAGAGGCCCUUCUCACAUGGCUGCAUUCCUGGCCCCUCCAUUUACCCAUCUGUCCUGGGACCCUGCAGAGCAGUAGUCCCGCCAGGUUCUGCAAAAGUGGAGCCAGAAUUCCUCCCCACUGAUAA